AUGUCUUCUUAUGACAGAUUCAACAUCCAUGCUCAAUUAGAGCAUUUGCAGAGUAAAUAUCAGGGUACUGGUCACGUUGAUAAUACCAAAUGGGAAUGGGUUUUAAACAUACAGAGGGACACUUUGGCUUCUCAUACCGGUCACUUCACUCGGCUCGCGUACUUUUCCAUCGUUGAGAACGAGCCAAUUUCCCGAAUUCGACAUCGCUUUCUACAGAGUAUGGUUAAACCCUUAACUAACAUAAAAGUGCGCCCUCAGCUGCCUCAGGAUCGCUGA